AUGGCCGGAAAUCCGAGAAGGGGCACCGGUCUCAUCGGCUUGAUGAAGGACGCCUUUCAGCCUCACCAGCCCGCAGUGGUUGACAAGAAAAUGGUGGGAAAAUGCUGGAAACUCAUGGAUAAGGUGGUGCGUCUGUGCCAGAACCCCAAGGUGGCGUUGAAGAACAGUCCGCCCUACAUCCUGGAUCUUUUGCCGAAUACCUACCAGCAUUUACGCACCAUUCUGUCCAGGUAUGAGGGCAAAAUAGAAAUCCUCGGCAAGAACGAGUAUUUCCGCGUGGUCAUCGACAACUUGACGAACAAGACGAAGCAGACCAUGAGCCUUUUUAAGGAGGCCAAGGAGAGGAUGUACGAGGAGAACUCCCAGCCCAGGCAAAACCUUACCAAGCUAUCUCUGAUCUUCAGUCACAUGCUAGCGGAGUUAAAAGCCAUCUUCCCCAAUGGCCUAUUUCAGGGUGACAACUUCAGGAUUACCAAAGCUGAUGCUGCUGAAUUCUGGAGAAGGUCAUUCGGGGACAAGACCAUAGUGCCAUGGAGGACAUUUCGGCAGGCUCUUCAUGAGUUUCACCCUAUUAGCUCAAGUCUGGAGGCCAUGGCGCUCAAAUCCACUAUCGACCUCACCUGUAACGACUACAUCUCCGUCUUCGAGUUUGACAUCUUUACAAGGCUCUUUCAGCCAUGGUCAUCUCUUCUAAGGAACUGGAACAGCCUGGGUGUUACACACCCUGGUUAUAUAGCCUUCUUAACCUACGAUGAGGCGAAGGCUCGACUGCACAGGUUCAUCCACAUACCUGGCAGCUAUAUCUUCAGGCUGAGCUGCACUCGGCUGGGCCAGUGGGCAAUUGGCUAUGUGACAGCUGAUGGGAACAUCCUGCAGACCAUCCCGCAUAACAAACCACUCUUCCAAGCACUCAUUGAUGGAUACAGAGAGGGAUUCUAUCUUUUCCCAGAUGGCCGUGCACAGAACCCAGACCUGACAGGGUUGUGUGAACCGUCUCCACAGGACCACAUCAAAGUUACUCAGGUUUGUUUCUCAUGUGCGUGCAGACAGGGAUCUUCUUUUUCCUGCUGUAGAAUUUUCUUUAAAAAUGAUGAAAGCUUCAGUCAGCUCCUUUGCCUUUACCUCCUAACCUUGCUGUGUCUUUCCGUGUGUGCAUUUCAGGAAUCGGAGGGUCAGGGCUGCCCGUUUUGCCGAUGUGAGAUUAAAGGCACGGAGCCUAUUGUAGUGGACCCCUUUCACCCAAAGGCCACUGGGGCUUCCUUUGCUGGUUUCCAGGGGUCGAGCAGAGCAGAAGCCGCAGGCAACGAAGAGGAAGAGGAUGAUCGGCUGGAAGACCAGCAACUUAUCAUGAUCUGGCUGGCCUGCACCAAAGUGGAGCGCCCUCCGUCUCCAGUGUCUCAGCUGCCUCCGCGACUGGACCUCUUACAGCAGAGGUCCUCCACCUCCCAUAGUGCACUGAGUCAGGGAGCCACAGUCAAAAUGGUAGCCACUCACAGGGACAAGCCUCUACCUCUGCCUCCAGCACUGAGAGAGCCUCCCCCUCCUCUCCCACCGGAGCGCCCCUCCCUGGUCGGCCAGGAAUCCAGACUCCAAAGGAGACCCCUCCCCUCCACCCCGGACCAGCCAGCCUGGGCAGCAAACUACAUGGUGCUACGCCCUACAACGAAGGCCCCACCACAACAGGGCUAUAUGGCGCUUGAGGUGGGGGACAGUGACUCUGAGGACCCCCAGGUUUACGAAUCCAUGUGUAACAUCCAGGCCCAGGCCGGCUCGUCGGAGACGACACAGAACUCUGAGCUGUACCAUCCUCAGCAUUCAGCUGUUCCGCAGGACAAAAAGGAGGAGGCCAGUGUGGAGGAUGUUUACGAGUAUGACUUUCCCAGACCAGUGGUCCCUCCUGCCCCCGCCAGAAGAGCCCUAUCAGAUAUCGGCGGCCCUUCUGCAGCCUUCAGCAAUCUCAACAUAGACUCUGCAGUAGAUCCCAGUAUGUUUGUAGCAGGCGACGACCCCGAACGUCCCCUAAAACCUCUCCCGCAGCGAGCUAACUCUGACCGACGGCCUCGUCUGUUAAACCGCAAGCCACCUCCGCCGCCGCCAGACCUCCCUGGCCCCUCCUCAUCUGCCUCCCCUGUUCCACCUCCGACUAUUCCUCCUUCAGGUCCUGGAAGCUUGGCCCUAAACGGGGAGAUUGAAUGCCUCAUAUCCCAAGGCUACUCCAUCCAGGACAUCCAGAAGGCCCUGAUGAUUGCUCAGGACAACCUCGAGACGGCCAAGAACAUCCUGCGCGAGUUCGUCUCCAUCCCUUCCACAGCGCACAUCGCCACAUAGUCACUUUGCGCAGGCUCAUCCUCUGUCUCAUCUCUCUCCACUCUGUGCCAUUACCAUUUACCAAGCACUUUUCUGCAGGGCCACAAGUACUUUCAGAAGGCUUUACUCUGAGGGAUGAUGCUGCGUCCAUGUUAUAUCUCAUCCAAAGUCAUUUGUAGUGGGAAAACAGCAACGUGGGGUGGGGUGGGGGGGACUAUUGUUAAAGACAAUGUCAAGCGGCUGAAAUUACAGUCUCAGAAUCUCUUUUACUUGUAAUAUUCAUUUGGAGAUUGAGGGUUUUGGCCUUAAAGGUGAGAGGUCAACUGUAAGUCCGAUAUGACCUGAACACAGCAUAAAUGGAGAAUCGGAGCCUUUAAAAUGGGCUUGCUGUGACCCUGCUGUGAUUCGCUGAGUUAGUUAAAUGCUGCGGCAGUGUCCCCCCUCAGUCUGCGUGCAUGCUCUCGUUAAGCUAAGUGUUAAAACUGUGCAGACUUUGUUCAGCGAAGGGACCCCGCACAUAGUCGUGUCUGUUCAUUACAUAUGAUUCUGUAAUGAAAUCUUCUGUUUUUAUU